CGUUGUUUGUGAGUACGGUGUGCUUGUCUCUGUAAAUAUCUGCCGGCUACGAUCAAGCCUGUCGGACGAUUAGCCGAGAGAGCAGCAACCGUUUUUUGCAUCUGCAUGCCGUUGGGAAGAGAAGGAUAUCGCUCACAAAUCCAUCCAUCCAUCGCCGUUACAACGAACAGCGUGCAUGCAUACAUACAUUUAGUACGUUCCCUCUCAAUCAUUCUAGUCAUCAUCGAUGCAUUUCCGCACUCGACGAUUGCGCAAGAACUGAUCUCUGAAAUAGCAGUCUGUUGCAGUUUUCCCUGCUGGGCAUGCUUUGUCAUUGGCGUUUGGUAUGCCACACCCAAAUUGUCUGUGCCAGGAGACAAUGUGAAAAUCAGGGUGCCAAGACCAAAGGUGAUCAACAGCAUCUUCUUCUUCCUGCUCUUCGGGCCCUUCCUGCUCGAUCUGCCGAGUGUGAUCAGCUCAGGGACAUUCCUGGCCCGCGGACAGUAUACGAAGACAAACAUCGCCAUCGCUGUUCACUAUAUCACCCUAGGAGGUGUCCUCUUGUCCGCAACAGGCAUCUUUUACUUCACCCUGAACCAGCUCGCAAAAGCGAUUGAAGAGUACACUGUUCCUUCAGAGUUGACCCUCGUGCACGUAAGAUUGUCCCCUACUGUGGACCUUCCGGGCGGCCAGACCUUCACCCUGAGUCCACUCUCAGAAAGCGAAAAGGAAGACGAGAAGCUAUGGGACUCUAGUCUGGUCAAGGUUCGACAUCGACUCAUUAGCAUCCGCAACGCCGGCACAGUGAUGCUCUGCUUCUAUGUCAUGAUUUACCUGAUCUAUGGCAUUACCCGGCCAUUGAUACACGCCCACAUUGUCUGGAACGUCUUCUUCUGCGCGUUUUUCAAUCUGGAUCCUGGCACGCCCACCAUUUUUGCCUACUUUAUCUUCUCCAUCAUGUACCAUAUCAACGCUGGUCCGCCACGUCUUCGUCAGGUCUACUCCGUACCACGCCCACCUUUGGUCUACAUGCCAUCCUCUCGACCCGACCGGCCUAUCGACGACUCGUUUAUCUUUGACCUACACCGACCCAACACAGCAGGCGUCGGUUCUGAUUUUUCUCAGUGGUCGCCGAGCAAGGAUUCCGCCAUCAGAAGCCUUGAUUUGGGUCCGUUAAGCCGCUUGGAAGGAAUCGACGAGAAGGACAAGGGAUUCCCUGCAGAUCAGGGUUCAAGCAUCUACUCCAGUCCUACUGUUCCUGAAACUGCAGCUAGCUCGUCCACUCGGAAAAGCAGUAGUACCUACAGCCGUGAUCCGUCCGCCUGUUAGACCAUCUUUGCAGUAGCCCACCCCCCCUGCUCUCUAUGUAUAUU